AUGUGGAACUGGCUUACAAUCCAGACUUCAUCCUGGCCUCAGACAUCGGAAAUCUACGACAAGAUAUCAAAUGGGGUGGGUAAUUUCUACCCAGGAAGCGGUCACGAUAGUCAGCACACUUCACCAGAGAGCUCUCGUGUGUCAGCUCCAGCCUCUGCCGAGUCAAAGAAGAAGAUUGUCAUGGUGACUGGCAGCGCUGGCAACAGUCGAAUGCUGGGGAUGCCGCGUAUCAAGGAAAUGGUGUAUGAGAAUCGCAUCACUUAUGCCCAGAAGCACGGGCUCAACUUCAUGUGGGCAAACAUGACCAGUUACAAUCUUCCAGAUGGUGCGCCCGUCUACUGGAAUAAGAUUCCCAUUCUCCGCGAUGCAUUCGAUCGCUUUCCAGAGGCCGAAUGGAUCUGGUGGCUGGAUAUUGAUAUUAUCAUCAUGAACAUCUCUCUCCACAUCCACGACCACGUUCUGUCUCCAGAAGGCAUGGCACGCAAUAUCCUGCUUGACUAUCCGAUCAACGGUGCCGAGGGUGGAAGGACAGGGUACCGCACCUCACCUGGAUAUCGCCAUGAGGACAUCAACUUCGUCCUCUCGCUGGAUCACUGGGGCAUGAACGUGGGCAAUUUUCUCAUGCGCCGAAGCGAAUGGAGCGACUGGUUGUUAGACAUGUGGCUAGAGCCACUGUACAUUUCCCAGAACUGGGUGUUUCCCGAAAAUGACGGAUGGUCUCAUCUGUGGCAGCACCAUCAGAUUGUUCGGAAUCCCACAGCCUGCAUGAACCAGCAUUCGAUGAACGCUUACCCGGAUUAUAAUGCGCUGGGUUCGCACUGGGAAGCCGGAGACCAUGUUGUGCAUUUUGCGGGUUGUGGUGGUGAUCCCAUCUGUGAAGGAGCCUGGGCCAAACAUUGGAGCAUGCGAGAGGAUGUGGAGGUUCCUGCCUUUGUGAAGGAUAAGCUGCGCGAGGGAGUCGCAGAGAUCGAAGCUUUUCAAGGUGGCGCAAAGUAA